AGUACUCACGUAAUCACAUUAAAAUUGAAGCACUCGACGAUGGAAACCCUACUUUCCUCUACCCUUCCAAAUUCUCUUCCAUUUUCCGACGCUUCAUUCGUCGGCAAAGCAAAGCACCGCCGCCAAACCAUAAUCCGCCGCCGUGGAAAGCCGACGCCAAAACAAACCACGGCAUCCUCAAUCCAAAGGCAAAACCCAUCUCUCCACGAAAAAAUCUUCAAGCCAUUGCAUAAUCUCAUAUCCACCUUCCCCACCAAGAAUCUCCCUCCUCAUCUCGACCCAAACCACAUCCUCUCCGGCAACUUCUCCCCCGCCGCCGAGCUCCCUCCCACCCCCUGCGAUGUCGAAAUCGGCCCCCUCCCGCCGUGCCUCGACGGCGCCUACAUCCAAAACGGCCCCAACCCUCAGUUCACCCCUCUCCCGCCUUACUACUACACCGACGGCGACGGAAUGCUCCACUCCCUCAAAAUCUCCGGCGGCGCCGCCACCUUCUGCAGCCGCUUCGUCAAAACCUUCAAAUACAAAACCGAGCGAGACCUCGGGUACCCCGUCCUCCCCAACGCCGUCGCUUUCUUCAUCAGCAAUCUCAGAGCUUCAAUGCUGCUCACGGCCGCCAGAUUUAUGUCGUUCCAAUUCAAUCCGUUCGCAGACGGCAUCGGCACCGCCAACACGAGCGUCGCUCUCGUCGCCGGACGCCUCCUCGCCCUAGCCGAAACCGAUCUCCCCUACGAAAUCCGAAUCACGCCGGAUGGAGACAUCGAAACCGUCUGCCGCCGCCAAUUCGGCGGCGGAGACGGCGGAGAGCGGUUCCUCACCAUGACCGCGCAUCCGAAAACCGAUCCCGACACCGGCGAGACCUUCGCAUUCCGCUACUUCGUAACUCCUCCCUUCCUCACAUUUUUCCGGUUUGAUUCCGACGGAAUUAAACAAGCCGACGUCGAAAUUUUCUCCAUGAAUGCAGCUUCAUUAGUCCACGAUUUCGCAAUCACGAAAAGCUUCGCGGUGUUUCCAGAUCCGCAGAUCGUGAUCGAUCCUAUGCGGAUUUUGAUCGGGAAACCGGUGAUGGGGGCGGAUUUGGGGAAAACGCCGAGGCUGGGGGUGAUUCCGAGGUACGCGGUGGAUGAGAAGGAGAUGUAUUGGAUGGAGACGCCGGGGUUGAACAUCGUGCACACGGUGAACGCGUGGGAGGAAGGCGGAGGCGGUAAAAUAGUGGUGGUGGCGUCGAAUGUGUUGUGCGUUGAUCGCGCUUUAAGUGAUUUGGAUCAGAUAAUUUUGGAGAAGAUAGUGAUAGAUGCUGCGGAGAAGAAGAUCGUCGCUAGAUAUCGUGUUUCUAGAAGGAAUCUCGACUUUGGCGCCAUUAAUGCUCGAUAUUCCGGGAAGAAGAAUAGGUAUGUUUAUGCGGCGAUGCUUGAAAGCAUGCCUAAAAUGGUAGGUUUGGUGAAGCUAGAUCUAUCGUUAUCGGACUCGGAGGAUUGUACGGUGUCAAGCCGCAUGUACGGGCCGGGGUGCUACGGAAGCGAGCCAGUUUUCGUGGCGAGGGAGGGCGCGGAGGAGGAGGAUGAUGGAUACUUGGUGGUGUACGUGAACAAUGAGAAGACGGAAGAGUCGCAUUUUGUGGUGAUGGAUGCUAAAUCACCCACGCUUGAAACUGUUGCUGCUGUUAAGCUGCCUCGUAGAGUGCCUCAAGGCUUUCAUUCUAUCUUCGUGAACCAAAGUGACCUCCUCAAACUGUGAGGCUUUACUUCAAUAAUUUAUUUUAUAUAUAUGUGUGUCCAAACUUAUCAAAUGAAAUAAAGGGUUAGAUUUGUUAAGAUGUACUCCCUCCGUCCCCCAAAAUUCGUCACCAUUUGACCCGGCACGGGUUUUAAUAAAUGUAAUAGAAAGUAAGUUGAAAAA